UUACCAGACAAUCAUGACACGAAAUCAAUCUGUACAGUUGAAGCGAUCCGCAAACGAAAUCCCCAUUGCCCGAUUACCUACGAUUUGAAAAGUGUUCACGAACCUGCGGGACCUUGUGAAUUCGACUUAAGGGAAGCAGGUCUGCUUCCCGUCAACAAGGGUGAUGUGUUACGCGUUAUUCAAGUUUACAUGGGCCCACGAAUUCUGGUACAGAAUCAACAUGGUGAAUAUGGUCUUGUGCGAGCUGAAGAUGUCGCAGAAAUCCAAACAGAAAGAAAGAAGAAGCAUAAUUCCGGGGCCAGUGGCCGUAGGCGAUGCCAGAUCAUGUAG